AGCUCAUGUCAGCUAGCUUGUAUUUUUUUACAGCUGCUUAUCCACCGCUGUCAACCCACCCGUUCAUUACCGAGCCUUUGAUAAUGUAGCUUUCGGUUAUUUAUUUGUCUUUAACCAUCACUGUGAACGAUAUCUGUGAGGUUUUGACAGAGUGUCGAAUCCAUCAGAAGUCAUAAGGUGGACCUGGUCCAUCUCCAAAACAACAUGAUGCUGCCAAAAUAGAGAAAUGCUUAUCAGUGGAUGAUUUUUCAUAGACUUGAAUGCCCAUUAAAUGCUUCUCUUCACUCCCAGUUUCUUAGGCUAGUGUUUUGACCUUAGUCUCCUAGUAAACAACACUCAGUGGUGUCCCAAUAAUGCUGUUCUCUCUGCGAGAGCUAGUGCAAUGGCUGGGCUUUGCCACAUUCGAGCUGUUCCUCCACUUAGGCGCGCUGCUGGUCUUCAGCGUGCUGGUGGCCUUACACAUGGACGUGGACAAGCAGACUCUUGAGAUGAGCUGGUGGCUUGUCUUCUCACCCUUGUUUGCUGCUGAUGGCCUCAGCACUUACUUCACAGCCAUUGUAUCCAUCCGCCUCUAUCAAGAAGGAGAAAAGCGACUGGCGGUGCUGCGCUUGCUGUGGGUGCUGACUGUGCUUAGUCUCAAACUGGUGUGUGAGGUGCUGCUAUGCCAGAAAUUGGCCGAACAGAACCAGGCACAAAGUGAUUUGUGGUUCGGGCUUAUCGUUUCCCCACUUUUCAUCCUACUGCAGCUGCUCAUGAUUCGUGCUUGUCGUGUCAAUUGAAAGACAAACCGUCUGCACACAUGCCAGUGGACUUAUGCAAAUGAAAAGGACUCCUGCAGGUGUCAUUCAAACCAGGAGGAGUGAAUCGUUGUGAACUGCAUAAUUAUUGUGAACUUUUUGUUUUUUUUAUUCAAACGGUUCAAGCAUGUGAACAUGGCAUCAUAAACAAUGCUUAAAAUAAUGUGCAAUUUUGAUUAUUAUUAUUGUCCUUAAGUGCUAUGAGAGAUUUGGUCUAGAAAUUUUUUUCUGAAUACUGUCAAUGUUGCUUUAUCUGUGUUAAUACAUUUUAUUGUUGCUUGUACAGUUGUAAAUAAACCUUCAAUAUUCAACACUCUUGAUCUUCCUUGGUUUGGUAUGACCAUGCUUUAAA